AUCCAACUUCCCGCCACACAUUCUUCUCCUGCCUUAUCUCAAUUUUGUCCUCCACCAAUACCAUCGAAUUCACCAAUGCGCCCUCAUUUUGAAGACUUGCGCCACCGCUUCACUCCCACCACCAUCCCCCGCCGCCGCCGCCGCCGCCGCCAUAAAUGGCAACCAAACUUGUGUUCACUAUCACGACUCCCCGCUUUCUUCGCGCCCCGCUGAGAAGGCCAUUCAUUUCGGCAUGUUCUCCUUCUUUGCCUUCUAAUCCUAAGCUUCCGUUGAUUGAUUUCGCCCGUGGGAAGUUCUUGCUUCGACGGAGGCUGCUGCUUCUAUCUCCCAAGGCCACCAGUGAUCGCCCAGGUGAAGUCCAAGCAGAUGAAGUUGAAGACAGUAAGAUCUUGCAGUACUGCAGCAUUGACAAGAAAGAGAAGAAGUCUUUGGGCGAGAUGGAACAAGACUUUCUUCAAGCGUUACAAGCAUUCUAUUAUGAAGGAAAGGCGAUAAUGUCAAAUGAGGAAUUUGACAACCUCAAGGAGGAAUUGAUGUGGGAAGGGAGCAGUGUAGUCAUGCUAAGUGCUGAUGAACAGAGGUUUUUGGAAGCUUCAAUGGCUUAUGUUUCCGGGAAUCCAAUUUUGUCUGACAAAGAAUUUGACGAACUAAAAUUGAAACUUAAGAUGGAUGGUAGUGAAAUUGUGGUUGAGGGUCCCCGGUGCAGUCUCCGCAGUAGGAAGGUUUACAGUGAUCUCUCUGUUGACUAUCUGAAGAUGCUCUUACUUAAUGUUCCUGGUGUUUUGGUAGCCCUGGGAUUAUUUUUCUUCCUUGACGAUUUGACUGGAUUUGAAAUCACUUACCUGUUGGAGCUUCCAGAGCCAUUCAGCUUUAUCUUCACAUGGUUCGCUGCUUUGCCUUUCAUCCUGUGGCUAUCUUUUACAAUCACAGGAAUCAUCGUGAAAGAUGUCCUGAUCGUGAAGGGCCCCUGUCCAAAUUGUGGAACAGAAAACACUUCAUUCUUCGGUACCAUAUUGUCAGUAUCCAGCGGUGGUACCACCAACAACAUAAAAUGCUCAAAUUGUGAGACGCAGAUGAUAUACGAUUCAAAAACACGUCUGAUCACAUUGCCUGAAGGAAGUAGCGCUUGAACCUAGAUGGACAUUGCACAUUGGCAAAAUGAAUAAGAUAAUGCAUAUGGAUGAAGCUAUGAAAGUGGAAUCAAAUCCAGUGUUGAGGAGGGGGUGAAUAUAUACUGCUACAUGAGAAUUGUAUUGCCAAUGUGUUGCUAACUUGCUAUGUCAUUUGUAUAUUCUUGAAAAAUACCUUUCCUCAAAGUUCUGAAUAUAAUAAAACCGCAUUGCUUCCACUUC